UUGUGCCUUAACUUGACGAUGGUCUGUCAUCUGACUCUUUUCCUGUUGGGAGAUUAAAAAGUUUUGAAACCCCACCCUCUCCACUGACCGUAAGCACAGACGUAGAAGUGGUUCGAGAACCUGGCGAGUGAGCUCUGAGCGGGGAAGAAGAGUGAGAUAUGAAGUUAUGAUGGAGUUGCUCCGCUGUUUGGAUAUCGACUGUAAGAACAGGGGAAUCUAGCCGGACUAGGCCACACGCUGAACUCCCACCAGGAACUAACGGGAUUUGUUUUUUUACUGUGUUUCUCUGUGGAAAGUAAAGCCGAGCAGGUUUGGAGAGCUCUUCCUGUUACAAAGUCGGCGGUCCCCGAGUUCUUUUUUUUUUUAAUGUUAUGAUAAAGGUUGGCUAGUUGUGUGCUUCUCAUAAGACCGUGAGCAUGGAUACUGUGGCGCAAUGGGAUGCGGGAUUUCCUGCGGAAGUGCCGCAAAGUUGCGGUGAGACGCCGUUAUUGGAGUUUUGGGCUCAAUAAUGCGAAUUGGUCAGCGCUCAAACUUGUCGUAAAACACUGGUUGGCUGGACUGAAUGCUCCUUUCCUGCUAUUCUUCUCCGCUGCUCAGCGCUUCCUGCUUGGGGUGGCCACUGCGCUUAAUGGCUAAAAAUACAUAAAAACUCAAAAUGGACAGUUAAAUGUGGUGGGAACCUUUAUUUCCAGUUGCAAUAACAGCACUUGGGAGCCUUUUACAGUAAGCUUUGGAUAGUUUUUAUUUGUCUUCUUACACUUUUUUCCCUCUAAAAGAAUAGAAGUCAGAAGUCAACAGGUGGCAGUUUUGAAUGAGGGAAAAGAAGAGCUAAAUUAGCCAUAAUGAGGUGAUUCGAGAGGCUCUUAAAUACAGGCCGGUGAAAUGAUAUUGUGCUCAAACCAUGUGUUGGGAAACCACACACCACAUCACUUGAACAGAGAGAAAUUCAAUGGAAACGGUGCUGUCUUUCUGAGCUUUGAAACGCUUAGCCUUAAUCAGGCAAAACCAAUCUCUAGUGAUUCAGCAAAUGAAGGGCUCAGUUUAAUGUGAUGAUGAAUGAAAGACAUUUGCACUUCUGUUGUCUUUGAUUCCUCUCCUAUAGCCCACUUGUUGGUCCAACUUUUGAACACAUUUCAUUGGUCCCUGAUGAGCCAACAAGAAAGACAGGAAAGGGAGCGAGGCGCAAUAAAGUACUCCUUUGUACUUUAUUUUCAAACCCUUGGGGUGCUAAAUCAUAUCCAGACAAAACAUCUGCUUGAGGCUCCAUGGAGCCGCUGAAGAAUAUAUUCAGUCGUGGCUCGUUGUCCAACUGGAAAAAUUUGGAACAAUCACAAAAAGGGAACUUCACCAACCCUGUGUGGACAGCCUUAUUUGACUAUGAGGCGUCCUGUAAAGAUGAGCUCACUUUGCGUAAAGGUGACCUGGUGGAAGUCCUCUCUCUGGACUCAGAGAUAUCAGGGGAUGAGGGCUGGUGGGCGGGAAAGGUCAACAACAAGGUGGGUAUCUUCCCAUCCAACUAUGGCUCCUUCAAGCCGAGCGGAUAUGGAAAACUUCCGGGCAGUGGCGUGGUGGGGGAAUUGGCUCCAGCCGUUGUGGGCGAGUUUGAACCUGAGGAGGUGGAUUUCCGGGAGUUGAACCUGGAGGAGGUCAUCGGGGUUGGGGGCUUUGGGAAAGUGUAUCGUGGUACAUGGAGAGGAGAGCUGGUGGCAGUGAAGGCCGCUCGCCAAGACCCGGACGAAGACAUCAGCGUAACGGCGCAGAACGUGAGGCAAGAGGCCCGUCUGUUCGCUAUGCUCACCCACCCCAACAUCAUCGCUCUGACGGGUGUCUGCCUGCAGGAGCCCAACCUGUGCCUCAUCAUGGAGUACGCCUCAGGUGGGCCACUGAGCCGUGCUCUGGCAGGCCGUCGCAUCCCACCACACGUCCUGGUCAACUGGGCCGUGCAGAUAGCCAGAGGGAUGUUGUAUCUGCACAGUGAAGCCAUCGUCCCCGUCAUCCACCGGGAUCUCAAGUCCAACAACAUUCUUCUGGCUGAGCCCAUAGAAAAUGAAUGUAUGGAGGGUUUGACGUUGAAGAUUACUGACUUCGGCCUGGCAAGAGAAUGGCACAAGACGACAAAGAUGAGCACUGCUGGCACCUAUGCCUGGAUGGCUCCAGAAGUCAUCAAGUCCUCCACCUUUUCCAAGGGCAGUGAUGUCUGGAGCUAUGGUGUUCUGCUGUGGGAGCUGCUAACAGGAGAGGCACCCUACAGAGGGAUUGAUGGACUUGCCGUCGCCUAUGGAGUCGCUGUCAACAAGCUCACGCUGCCCAUCCCUUCCACGUGCCCUGAACCUUUUGCGCAGCUCAUGUCAGAGUGUUGGGACCAGGACCCCCACCGCAGACCCAAUUUCAGUUCCAUCCUGGCCCAGCUGAUGGCCUUGGAGCAGCAGGUGAAGGAAGAGAUGCCGCAGGAUUCGUUUCACUCCUUGCAGGAGGACUGGAAACUGGAAAUCCAGGACAUGUUUGAUGAACUCCGGGCUAAAGAGAAGGAGCUGCGAUGCCGUGAAGAGGAGCUAAAGCGAGCGGCUCUGGAGCAGAAAUCCCAUGAAGAGUUCCUACGGCCGCGUGAACAGCAGCUGGCCCAGUGGGAGCAGGAUGUGUUUGAGCGUGAGCUCAGCCUCCUCAUCCUCCACUUGAACCAGAACCAGGAGAAACCCAAUGUCAAGAAAAGGAAGGGCACCUUCAAGAAGCACAAACUCAAGUCCAAGAACGGCGAGAAGAUCAGCAUGCCCCAAGAUUUCAUCCACAAAAUUACGGUGCAGGCAUCCCCGGGCCUGGAGAAGAGGCGGAACUCUCCCGAUUUGGGUUCAGGCUCCUCGCCGUCCUUUGGGCCACGUUUCCGUGCAAUCCAGCUUACUCCCAGUGACAACAGCAGGACAUUUGGUCUCAGCUCGGUCCGGCCAUCCCUAGAUACCUCUUCUCAUAAGCAAGUCAAUGGAGACCUAAGGUUGAGCCCCCAUUGGAGGCCACAGAGCCCAAAAAGUCCCAAAAGUCCUAAAGUCCUGCGCCUUAGUCCCCAGGAAAGCAGCCUGUCGAUGAGAGCUAAGCUCCUGGAGGCAGACAGUAAUGAGAAUGGAGACUCCAAGGCUGACUUUGAGGAGUACCGACCUUCCACACCAACCCCUACCCCUGCUCAGAACGGCUCGUCAGUGAAGGAUAGCCCGUGGCUUCCUCUAUCUCAGGGAGACUCGGGCAGCGAGGAAGGGGGUUCUUCCCCAGCUGGCUCCCCGGGGCCUGACAGGGGGCCUCUCGGUGGCCUGAUUAACAGCACCCACCGAGCCCUGUUGAGCAGCGGCUCCCUCCUCGCCUCCAUAGGACUAGGUCGCUGCCUUGAUAUUCCCCCAAGAGUGCCACCUCGAACUAACCCACCUAGCUUAGAGGGUCGCACCCUCUCUGAACUUGAGAUCUCUCAUCCUAAGCCCCUCAUUUCAGACCCCCCAGUAGUGGAUGAUCUCAUCACCUUCUCCAUCUCUGAGCCUCUCCCCAGACCCCUCUUGGAUUUAGCACUGCACUACCAAGAACUAAAGCCCUUACCCCUGACGCCGCCUCCACCAAACCCUCGCGAGAGGAGCAGCCACCGGACGCCGCACAGUCCACAGAGUCCCAGCAGUGCCCCCAUGCAGCACGACAGGGCCAGCCCAGGGGAGUGGACCCACACUUACAGUUCCACUAACGGGGAGCUGAGCAGUGAGGCCUGGGAACACAGAUCUGACAGGAGGAGGAGGUCCAGCCAAGGCCUACACACUUCUCAGCUAGUUUUGGACCUGCCGUUGUGCCAAGACACACAGGACUUUGAUGAUAAGCCUUUUCUCCACACCAACCCUGCGCUCUGGAGCCCCAAAACGCGCCGCCUGGAGGUCAGCGUAAUUCCUCGGCCCCGCCCGUCGCCCAUCCGCCCUCGCAUCGACCCUUGGAGCUUUAUCUCAGCAGGCGGCGGAAACUCAGGUGGUGGGCGCAGCCCACACCGCUCGGAAAGCAGCUUACUGAGCUAUCAGCCAUCACCCACCAACCCCUUCACCAACUGUGACCCUUUCCCUUCUCCUGACUGUGACCCCUUUGCCCUCAAGGCUGAUCCUUCAAGCGGCUCGGACUCAGCCUCACCCUUUGACCCCUUCUCAGCUCCCUUUCCCACAUCCCGUUCUGCCCCGUGUUCUGCCAACGGCUCUCCCACGCUGCCCUCAUUCCGUAUAGCACCCAUCAACUCAGCUGACUCAGCCCUUAUUGACUUUGGCUGUGGGGCCUGCAGCAAGCCUCUGGAUGGCACCAAAGAGAGGGCUCACCCCCGCAGGAUACUGGGGCUCAAGCCCUUCAAGUCCCCGACGCAACUCAGAGACGACAGGUUCUAAAUCCAGCCUUACCCCUGAAUAGUGGCUUAUUCUCAUUUAUAGAUGUUAUGAGCUGUGACUUUUAUCACAGGAGCACAGUCCGGGACCCUUUCCACUACUAUGUCCUACAAGGAUUUGGAAUUUUAUAAAAAAUGUAAAAAAAAUAAAUAAAAUAAAAAAAAAACACACUCAUCACUCAACCUACCAAGGGAGGAUUUCUCCUAUGGGAGCGCCAAUCAUCACAGGUCUUAUUUAUACACCAGCCUGCUGCUUUGGAAACCAGAAAGCCAGUGAAAGGUGGUACAAUGAAUUGUGGGAUAGCUGCCUGUGAACAAAUAGCUGGUGCCCAUUUCGUUCUUGCUCUUUUUUUUUUUUUUUUCCCUGUUUCUCCAUCCCUUUGAAGGAUCAGAAUACAGAUCACUAGUCCUAUCUUCAGAUUCUAUCACUGCUACUGCUCAUAUCACCUGCUUUCAUCUCCCCUUACCUUUGAAGCAUUGUGACAAUGCAGAGGUGGAUAAGGCGACUUGCACAGCUUCAUCUGCCUCUACCUCUCUGCAGACUGAAAGCCUUCAGGACAAUGGAGAAUUGGAGUGCCUUAUUUCAUGAAGUGUUUUUAAUAUAUAUAUCUUUUCAAGGCUCUUUGAAUGAUUAAUCUGGUGCGUAGGGAAGAUGCUAUGAAUCUGGCUUAAAUUUGCAAAUCAGCUUAGCAUUGCAGUGCAAGAAAAAUAUCAUCUGUAUGUAUGUCUAGACUCAUUGUUCAAAGAAAGCGUGCUGUUUCUUUUUUUCUUUUUCUUUUAACUGCGUCUGCCUGUUGCAUUAUGGGAGAAAGCACUCAGUGGAUAUUCUAGGUUGCUCAAGGAAUCCAGGAUGAAACCAUGACCCAGGCAUUCCAUUUGGAAGCAGAUAACAUUCCAGUCACAUUCUCCGGGAAAUGCCAGGGAUUGGACAGAUUCGUUCAGGCUGGCAGGCGACACAGCACAGGAAACAAGACAGGGGUGCCCUCUGCAUUCCCUUCAUAUGCCAAAGAAUGCCACUGUGACCAUGUAAGGCCCGGGACGAAGGCUGUUUGCAAAUACGUUGUUUUUACCUCCUUACAGAGCCAGAACAGCACAGAGAAAGCUGACACAAUCACAGAGAGUAUUUGAACAUAUGGUUAUUUGAUAUCCAUAGUGUCUAAUCAACACUUGAUGCUAUAGGAGGUUUAACAAAGUACUUUAAAAGAAUUUUAAAAUACUUAAAAACAAACAAAAAAAAACAGCUUAAUUUAUAAGAAUCUCCAAAGUCUCACAAAGCCAACCCAGAAUUUUGAGUUUCUGUCAUUGAAAAAAUAUGAGCCAGAAAAUAAUGCCUGAUUUUUUAUUUUUUUUAAUUUCCCCAUAGAGUAAGAUGUGAAGAUUGGAACCAUUCUCAUAAACCUUUCCCACUGUAUUCGUAAAGCCGAUAGCUACAGAAUGGUUAGCAUAGCUUAAUAUGGAAGAACCGGUAAAAGCUAGUUCAGGGAAAACAUUCCAGAGAUCUGUGACUCGUAUUGACUUCCAGUCACUCAUCGAGUCUGCUAAACCACCAGCUGAUGAUCUCAGAAAUCACUGCUCAUGGCCCAUAAAAGCCCCUAUAAAAAUCGCAACUCGGUGCUUUUCCAGUAAAGCUUUGUGCUUAUUAAGACUUAAAAGUAGCGGGAAACAGAUGUUACCUUAUCUUGUUUUUUUGUUUUGUUUUUUUUUUUUCUUAGCUGCCUUCAUGUUUUCUGUACUGUUAUGAGAAUGGUACUGAUAUUCUUAUUGAAUUCAUAAGAUAACAAGUCUUUCUCCAGAAUGUUUCCUUAAGCUCUUGAUAGGUAAUGUCCAUUACAGUAUAUAAUAAUACCCUGGCUCAGCAGGUGUUUUAGGCUUUGUGAGACCAGCACAGUCCCUCCACUUUAUCGAUUUUAGUUUUGCUAAAAAGAUCUGGUGAUUUCCUGCAGAAUAACUGUGAUGCCAUUUUUAGAUACUACAAAAACAGAUGCAGCAAUACGGGGAGACGUUCACUGUACAGAUGUGGCAAUAUCAGGUUUUUAGCCUCAGCACACCAGAAUGCACUACAGCAAUAACUCAAAAGCUUCCUCUUGGUUCGCAGUCAUUACCCGUAUUGAUCAUUCUACACCAAUCAACCACAACAUUAAAGCCUUGGAGAGGGAAAGUGAAUAAUUUUCAUAUGGAUACAUGUCAUUUUCUGCUGGGAAACUUUGGAUCCUGGCAUUCAUUUGGAUGUUACUUUGACACGUGUCACCCACCUAAAUAUUGCUUCAGACCAAGAACCCCCCUCCUCAAAAAGCCCAAGGCGCGCUGGAUUUGGCCCCCCCCCCAAACUCCCUAGAUCCAAACCUGGUUCGGCAUUAGCAGGAUGCACUUGAACACGCCUGCGAUCCACCAGAUCCAAAGGAUCUACUGCUAACUUCCCAGUGCAUGCAGAAUUGCAUUCUUCUUCAUGUAAUUCUGAAAGCAAACAGAAGCCCCAGACAGUAUUAUGUGGUUUUAAUGUUGUGGUAGAUAUGUGUUACAUGCUAAACGUAAUAUGUUCACACUUUCUCAGGGAUGUUUUUUUUUUUCUCUAAAAUCAUCCUGAGGAAUGUAGUGGAGUGAGUCAAAAUAACUCUUGCAUUGUCAUAAAAACAGACUGCUGAUGCGUAACAACUUCCAAGGGUGUGGGGAUGUGUGUGUCUGUAGGUUUUUUUUAUUUUUUGGUUGUUUUUUUUUUUUUUAAUGGCAGUCAGCUCA